CGACGUCACUGUCGUCCCACCAAUCAGCUCACAGGAGGCGGAGCUAAGAAAACAUGUCGUCUGUAUCGGAGCUGUACGAUGUCACUUGGGAAGAGAUGCGUGACAAACUCCGUAAGUGGAGAGAAGAGAAUUACAGGAACAGUGAGCAGAUUGUGGAUGUGGGUGAAGAGCUGAUUAAUGAGCAUGCGUCUAAACUUGGAGAUGACAUUUGGAUAAUUUACGAGCAGGUGAUGAUCGCAGCGUUGGACUGCAGUCGUGACGAUCUGGCCUGGAGUUGCCUACAGGAGCUGAAAAGGCAGUUUCCAGACAGUCACAGAGUGAAGCGAUUAGCAGGGAUGCGGCUGGAGGCUCUGGAGAGGUAUGAGGAUGCCAAUAAGCUGUACGACUCAAUACUACAAGAUGACCCGACAAAUACGGUAAGGAAAAAAAUGCGGUUGAAACUUGUUUUGCUGUCUGAAAAGUUCAUUUUCAUACGUUAAACUCUUUCUCCCCUCAGUGACCUCA